AUGAAGCGCUACAAAGAAUGUGUCCCCAUAAUCGCCAAUACUACCGUCGCAGUGCACGAGCUGAUUGGUCAUGGCAGUGGAAAGUUACUUGCUGAAACAAGCCCGGGCGAAUCCCCUCCAAUUAACCCUCUCACUGGCUAUUCAGUUCAAUCAUGGUAUCUAUCAGGUCAGACUUGGACUAGUGUGUUUGGUGAACUCUCCGAUGAGAUAGAAGAAUGCCGAGCCGAAAUGAUGUCAAUGUACCUCAUGGAAAGCAAAGAGCUUUCUCUCUAUCUUUGGACAUGA